ACAUGUGAAAACACUCUUCACCUAAUGUACCUUGACUCCCAGAAAGGCAACAGAAGCAGAGAUGUCACACACAAAGAGUUUGGAGUAUCGCACACAAGACCUCAACUCCAAAUGGAAGAAAAAGUCCUGCAACCACCACAAUCUGAAAUGAAAGUCAACAUAUGGGAAAUAAAGCCUCCUGAUUUCAGUUACAAACUGUAUACAUCUUUGAGAUUUCCAGAAAAACCAUCAAGGAUUAUUAAGGAAAAACAAGGGAGGGAAAAAAAAGUUAAUUUCCCAGAAACAAUGCUUCACCUGCCCAGCAUAAGGAAUCAUCCCAAGAAGGCCAUAUCUCCAGAGUUUAUAACUACAUUCCCACAUAUGGAUUCAAAUGAAGUGAAGUUAAUGUUUGUGAAGAGUGGAAAGUUUCCAAAUGGUGUAUACCUCAAUCCAAAACCACACGACUUUCGACAGUAUCAACAUAAUUUACCAAACUUUGUGACAACUUUUGAAAGGGACCCUUUUGGAUUAAAAUUUAAGUCCAGACACUUAAGUACAGUACGUGGGUGUCAGUCGCUGAAAGAUGAUAAACAGAAGAACAAUAUAGAAAGAUUUAUCACUUACAAGCCUCAUGAAUGCACCUGGGACCCACAGCUAAUUUUACCAAAAGCCCCAUGGCCCAUUCAAUCAGCUUCAUACACGAGACACAGAAGACAACGAGAUGUGUACAGUGCAUUUAUGGAUCGUGUGGAAGAGAAGUUUACCCAAACAUGCAAGAACAGGGACCUCAUUCUGUACAGUCCUUUGAUAGGGACUAAACUUCAGCAUCUCACUAUCAGCAGUCCACCCCACUACUUCUUACAGGUAGACCCACGUCCUGUCCAGACAGCCUUCUUGGAACUCCCAUACUGCCUUCUGCUGAAGGACACCGCAGUGGUGUCUGCAUUUUCUGAAGCUCAGCAAGAAGCCACCCAUACAUACCUGCAGGCUUCCUCCUCUUAUAGGCAACCACCAUCUCUAUUCGCCAUAAAUGGUAAUGCUAAUUUCUGA